GCUCGCCGCCGCCGCGGAGCGUGCGAGGGGCGGCCCGUGCGGGGAGCGAGCGCCGGCAGCGGGGACAGCGGGUCCAUGGAGCACAACCACCUCCACCUCCACAACGGCUCGCUCCUGGCGCACCACCGCUAUGGCUGCGGCUUGGGAUACGCACCUGUCGUCUACUACAGCCUGCUGCUCUGCCUCGGGCUGCCGGCAAACAUCUUGACAGUCAUCAUCCUCUCGCAGCUUGUAGCUCGCAGGCAGAAGUCCUCCUAUAAUUACCUUCUAGCUCUAGCUGCUGCCGACAUCCUGGUUCUCUUCUUCAUCGUCUUUGUUGACUUCCUCAUGGAAGACUUCAUCUUAAACAAACAGAUGCCUCAGGUACUGGACAAAAUAAUCGAGGUUUUGGAGUUUUCUUCCAUCCACACGUCGAUUUGGAUCACGGUCCCGCUGACCAUCGACCGCUACAUCGCCGUGUGCCACCCCCUCAGGUACCACACGGUCUCCUACCCCGCCCGCACCCGCAAGGUCAUCGUCAGCGUCUACGUCACCUGCUUCCUGACCAGCAUCCCCUACUACUGGUGGCCCAACAUCUGGAUUGAAGACUACAUCAGCACGUCCAUGCACCACGUCCUCAUCUGGGUGCACUGCUUCACUGUGUACCUGGUGCCCUGCUCCAUCUUCUUCAUCCUGAACUCCAUCAUCGUGUACAAGCUGCGGCGAAAGAGCAAUUUCCGCCUGCGAGGGUACUCCACGGGGAAAACAACAGCCAUCUUGUUUACUAUAACUUCUAUUUUUGCCAUACUGUGGGCACCAAGAAUAAUCAUGAUAUUGUAUCACCUCUACGUGUCUCCUAUAAACAACAGCUGGCUGGUCCAUAUUGUGUCGGACAUCGCCAAUAUGCUGGCGCUGCUGAACACUGCAAUUAAUUUCUUCCUCUACUGUUUUAUUAGCAAAAGAUUUCGCACAAUGGCAGCUGCCACCUUGAAAGCCUUCUUUAAGUGUCAGAAGCAACCUGUGCAAUUCUAUACAAACCAUAACUUUUCCAUAACGAGCAGCCCUUGGAUUUCCCCAGCCAACUCUCACUGCAUCAAAAUGCUUGUUUACCAGUAUGAUAAGAAUGGGAAGCCUAUAAAAAUAUCACCAUGAAAAGGCCAAUAGUUGGAGUUUCUGGGCACAAGUUCCUUUCAAGUGGUUACAUCUUCAGGAUGUAAUUUUCUGAAAUGGCUUUUUUGAAGAGAGGUCAUUUGAUUUCAUUUCCCUGGGCAGCCAGGGGCAGAUCAGACUGUCGGGAGGAAACAGGAGCACUUGAUUUUAGGAGCAAAAGUGAGAGGGCAAACACCUCCAUCUCUUAUAUAGCAUUUUGAAUAUGCUUCUGAGUUCAAGUCUUAGUGUUCAGUCACACUCAAAUGUUUUGCAUCCCAACACCCGUGCAAUCCAAAGUCAUCAGAAGGUCAAAGCCACAGCAGUGUUUAAUUACAACCUUUUAAAACACAACAAAACCUUACUUGACCAUCAGUUUGCUAUUGAGAAAGUAAACAGAUGCUUUUGUGUACUGUGGAAGGUGCCAUUUCUGGAGUGUGCACUUGCCAAAAAUGAUGUGUUGAUUCUGGCAUGAAAUGCCCCCAGACACAGUUGUGCUGUCAAGGCCUCCUUGCAGGAGGCAGUGUGUGAGACACAAAAGGUGACAAGCCUGAUUUUUGUUCAUUUGAACAAGCUUGAGGACUGAUACAGUACCUGUUGCAGCCUUGGCAUGGAAAGCAAUCCUGCAAGCUGCCAAUAUUUGUGUGUUUUAAGUUGUUAUUUAAGAAUGUGACUGGGACAGGGGAGCUUGAGGGAGGGAGGGAUGUUUCUAGAGCCAAGAACAAAAGCAGCAUCUUUCCCCAAAUAUUUCAAUCAUGGUGUCUAAGGACUUUGAAGGGUGAAACCAAGUCCUGCCUAAAGCAGAGCUCUCACUGAAGCUGCUACUGUGAGCAGUGACCAAAGCCUUCAAGUUCCUUCUUAAUCACAGAUUCUCAGUUAUCCCCCAUGUUCAGGCCUUUAGGGAUUAACAUAUAAAACCCUAAAUUUAAGAUUUUCUUCUGAUGGAUGAUGCUAUCCUAUUGCAAAUUUGCCAUUUAGUUGUUUAAAAAAAAACCCCAAAAAACCAUGAAAGAAAUUCAUUAAAUACCCAACAGCAGUAAAAACAUUGGAGCCUUAGUUUAAGCUGAUCUAGGUAUUCCACUUAUUUAGAGGAGGUUAGCUUCUCUUCCUUCACACUCAAAAACCAGCAUUCCAUCAAUGCUGAGUGUAGAAAAUAAGAGAUUUACAGGAAGGCUGAAAAUGCAUUUCUUUUCAUUUCUUUCCCUUUCAGAUCUUGGCACGUGGUCUCUGGGAGCCACAUGCCACAACCUCUUUAUUCACUGGGCACUUAGUAGAGACUCACUGGUGUGAGGGCAGUGAAGUGUGUGGUGAACACAAGCCCGGCGUGGUCAGUGCACACAGCAGACCCUCAGGAGCUGCAGGGCAGUGGUAGCUUGGUGCUAACUCUGUGUUUGUGCCUGUGCCCGUCACCAGUGCCAGCAGGGAGCUCGUGGUGCAUCAGGAAUGAACACAGAGAGGUCCUCUGAGGAGGAAUCCAGUCAGUCCUGCUAUGGUGGGAUCAGAGGGCUGAAAGCAUCUCUCUAAAACACAUGGAUGGCUCAGCUUUGGUGCAAAUCCCCUAAGAAAUGCCAAGUGAAGUCCUGCGGAGGACAAGAGCCUGGUUCCCUUAUGCCACAGAGGUGGUGUUUGCGCGAUGCCUGGUACCCACAUCCUGCAAGAGCCAACCCCACCAGAGCUGAACUCACCUUCCCCAGAAGGGAAUGGCAGCAGAAGGCCCAGGCCAUGGACACCAGGCCAUGGACACCAGGCUAUGGAUUCCAGGCCAUGGACACCAGGCCGUGGACACCAGGCCGUGGACACCAGGCUAUGGAUUCCAGGCCAUGGACACCAGGCCGUGGACACCAGGCUAUGGAUUCCAGGCCAUGGACACCAGGCCGUGGACACCAGGCCGUGGACACCAGGCCGUGGACACCAGGCCGUGGAUAGCAGGCCAUGGAUAGCAGGCCAUGGAUAGCAGGCCAUGGACACCAGGCCGUGGACACCAGGCUAUGGAUUCCAGGCCAUGGACACCAGGCUAUGGAUUCCAGGCCAUGGACACCAGGCCGUGGACACCAGGCCAUGGACACCAGGCUAUGGAUUCCAGGCCAUGGACACCAGGCCGUGGACACCAGGCCGUGGACACCAGGCCCCCAGCACAGCAUGGAGACGUGCUCUCCAGAGAGGUCCAGGCUCGCUCAGGGCAGAGAGGGGAUGCCCAGGGCCCUCCCAGUGGCAGAGCUGCUCAGCAAUUCUCUGGGAGGUGCUGAGGCACCCCAGGGACCCCCCAGAGCAAAGACAGGGGCAUGUCAGGGGAAAUGGGGGCUGAGGGCAAAGCUGAACCUUUCCAGCCUCACCCACCAGAGGGAUGGAAUCCAUUUCAAUGUCCCCAGAGAGAAAUGAGGAGCUUCUCAGUCUCUUGGCUCUUCAUCCUUGUGAUCUCAAAGCUUCACCUUUGCAAUAAUGAGGUGUAAAAGAGAUGCUCAGCCUUGCUGUAUCUGUCAUGACAAGGUUAAAAUUAUUGCUCCCUUUAUAGUGUUUUACAGAAAUGAGUUUUGUGGCCAUCCUCCCUGCCCUUCUCUGAGAAACCUCCCCCUGGUCUUUGUCAGUUGAUAGUAACCAAAGUUACCUUAUGGAAAAGGUACUGUACAUUUCAUUUUGGAAAAACACUGUAUUUAUAACUUAUUUUUAUUCUACAUUUGUUAUGAGGAAUGCUUAAUGAAUUAAAUGUGAAUGAGUCUGAAGUGCAAUAUCUGUAUAGAUAAGUGGUUCAUUUUUGAGAAUGUAUCUAUUGAAAAAAUACCUAUUUAUACAAGAAGUUCACUAUUCUACUUAAUAUAAUAGCAACCUUAAAGAAAAUAGUGAAUGUUUAGGGCUUUUAUUUAUUAAAAAAAUUCAAUUAAGUGCAUGGCAUAUGCUGCCAUUCACAUGCUGUUACUUAUUAAUUUUUGUAACAUAAUGUUUAUCCUGCAAACUAUCAGUGUCAUCUGAUUUUUUCUGUCCUGAUAAUGUAUUUUUGUAAAUUACCAUAUUUAAAAACAAAAAUCUUUCUGUGGUUUUUUUUUCUCUAUGAAAAAUAACGCAUUCAGCUCUUGUAACUUAUUUGAAAAUCUCACAAUCGUUUUCCAUACCCUUUUAGGAAUGACAAGGUGCAAUUUUCAUGUACAGUGGAUAGAUCAUUUCACUUCUGCUAAUUUAGGGCUUUAAAGGCUUUCUUCCAAAGCCCUUUGAAGUUAAAGGGAAUGUUGCUGGUGAGUUUUGUCGUUGGUUUUUCCAAUCCCCAUCGUUUUAGGAGGGCUUUGGAUCAAGCUGUAUCUUGUUAGCAAACAUUCAAAGCCUUCUUAGAGUCCAGUCUGGAUAAUAAAGCCUUGACUUUUUAGUCUGCCAUAUGGGAGCUGCUGUUGAUAAUACUUGCCUUAUUUUUGGUUGUGUGAAGCAUCUUGCAAUGACUGUUGCUAACUAGCCAUUGUCUUGCUGUAUUAUUUGUACCUCCUAAUUUUCCAAUAGUAAAAACUUAACCAAGCACAUGUAGUGUCAUUAUUUAGGGAAAAAGUAUCCUGGAGACAAAACCAUCUUUGUUGUGGAGAUGGUCUUUUGUACUCUAAUUUAUAUUUCAAAUAUCUACGAUUAGAAAAAAUAAGCUGUGAAUGGACAGUUUUACAAUUACUUAUAGGUAUACAUUCUUGAAGACCACAACUAGGAACAAAAUACUUUUUAGAUGAGUUGCUGGUAUAUAAAAUUAUGGGACCUAUCACCUAUUUAAAUUGUGAAUAUUGAUAUUUUCAUAAGUAGACAAUAUAUUGUGUUUGAUGAACUUGUUUGUAUUAUAAUAAAUUAUGGUGCAUAACUUAUAA